CGGACCACCCUGCUCACCAAGCUUUCCGAAGGCAGAGUCCGUCAAGAUCCGUCUAUGUUCCGCGAGAUCAUCAACGGAACUCGACGGAGCCGCGAACAGUCGGAGCACUUGGAGCUUGGAGAUCUUACGGUGGGAAGGAACGAGGUGCGGAACACGCAGCGGAGAAUUCGGUGACGAUGAUCGGUGAACGGGACGGCGUUCCGUCCCGCGUCGUUUGACGAGCGCGUCAUGCAUGUCGGUACUAGAACAACAAUUGUCGCACCGCUACGCACACGAGCGGCCGAGGUUGCGCGAGGUGGUGCUUGAGUUUCGUGACUUCCGCCUCGAUAAGGCGUUAUCAGGCCGUAUCAACUGGUAUCAACGGCGGACGAUGACGGUGGCCGUUUCUUAGGUUAGUUCGAGCACGGGAGCAGAUAGGUUGACAGAGUCCUUGAGAUUAUAAGGACAGCCACCUGGGCACGGUGUCCCCCACGAUUCGACGCGCGGUAUUAUGAAUUCGUGCGAGAAUCGCGGUCACGAGGGCGACACGGCUGGCGGAAUUUGACAGUUUGAGCUACGAGUCUCGUCGGCGAGUCUCCGGGUUCAGGAAGGGGAAGAGAAGAAGAAGAAGAAGAAACGCGAAAUGGGGGAGUAUCGGCAGCAGUUGGGCUACCUGAUCAAGUGGCUGGGCACCUUCGAUCUCCAGGCGCCGCAUAGCACCGCGGAGGAGAUAAGCGACGGGGUCGCCCUGGCCGAAGCCUUGGCCAAGAUCGCGCCCGAGUGGUUCACGGCGGCGUGGAAGGCGAAGAUCAAGACCGACGUGGGGACCAACUGGCGCCUCCGGGUGAGCAACAUGAAGAAGAUCGUGGAGGCUGUGAUGGAGUAUUACGUCGAGUGCCUGAACCAACAGCUGUCCGGGUACGUCAAGCCGGACGCGGGCAAGAUCGGCGAGCACUGCGAUAGCGAUGAGUUGCGCCGCUUGUUGCAGUUGGUGCUCGGCUGCGCUGUCAAUUGCGACCAGAAGCAACAGUACAUUACUAGGAUAAUGGGCAUGGAGGAAACGGUGCAGCGGGCGAUAAUGCAGAGCAUCCAGGAGCUUAACUUCGAGUCGAUAGUGGACGUGCCGGACGGCGCUCAACAGAGGCUCUAUGCUGAGCUUCAGGCGACGGUAGAUAUGAAGGAUCAGCUGGCGCAGAAGUGUCAUGAGCUCGAUCAGCAGCUCUCGCUGCUACAGGAAGAAAAAGCCGCGUUGAUUGCCGAGAACAAGAAACUCCAGGAACGGCUGGACGAAUUCGAGAAUCCGGACGAGUCCGGCUCGAUUCUCAAGUAUUCCGGGCUGCGGAAGCAGGUGGAGGCAUUGAAGGACGAGCUGUUCAAGAUGGAGACGUCCAGGGACGAUUACAGAGUAAAAGUGGAGCUGCUGGAGAAGGAGGUGUUGGAGCUGCAGUCGCGGCAGGAAGAUUUACAGAAGGCGGCUGACGAGGCGAACCACCUGAAGGACGAGGUGGAUGCCCUUAGGGAGACCACGGACAAAGUGGCCAAGUACGAAAUCAUGAUAGAGUCGUACAAGAAGAAAAUGGAGGAUCUGAGCGACCUCAAGAGGCAAAUGAAGAUACUGGAGGACAAAAACGUCGAGUAUUUGCAGGCCAAGUUAGACUACGAGGAGGAGGUGAAGCGCACGACGAUGUUACGCAAUCAUCUGGAAGUGUGCAAGCAGCAGCUCACGGAGGUUCAUCAUAGGCUAGAUGAGCAGAGCAACAAAUACGAUAGGCUGGAGUUCGAGGGCAAGAAGAUGGAGGCGAAGCUGGGCGCCUUACAGAGUGAAAGGGAUCGGCUGAUCAUCGAGAGGGACGCCCUGAGAGAGACGAACGAGGAGUUGAAAUGCACGCAGCUACAAGCCGCCGAGAAUAUGGCGAAACCCAGUACUGACAGUACCGGGGUUUCCGGAACGGAAAUGAUUCCGCUCGAUGUCAAGGAAAAGCUGCUUUGCCUGCAGCUGGAGAACAAGAUGAUGAAGAUGAAGCUGACUGGCAACGAGGACAAGCUGCCGAGUGUGCAAGCGUUGCUUGAGGACUCUGAGGAACGUUUGAAGCUGCGAGGACAAAAUCGCAAGGCAAAUCAGAGGAUAAUGGAGUUGGAAACCAAAUUGGAGGAGGCUCUGGGUACCCAGGCAAUCAGUGGUGAUAGCAAAAGCGACAACGUAGGUCUGAAUCAGAAGAUGUCGCAGCUCCAAGACGAAUUGCGAAAAACGCAAACCGACAAGGAACGGUUGACGUUGCAGCUCGAAGAACGUGAGAGCGCCCUGCAGGCUCAGAAACAGAAGGCCUUUACUCUCCAGGAAAAACUCACGCGAAAGGAAUACGAGAACGCUGCGCUCGAGGAGCGCUACAAGAAAUACAUUGAAAAAGCCAAAAGUGUCAUAAAGAGCCUUGACCCGAAGCAGAGUAAUUCCUCGCCAAAUGAGGUUGCCGUGCUGCGCAACCAGCUGGUAGAACAGCGUAAGAUGCUCGAGGACAUGGAAAACUCCGUAAAGGCGGCCAAGCUGGUGCGAGACAUGGAGGAAAGGCUAAUGGUGACAGCCUUUCAUAGACUGGGUUUGAAUUGUCAUCGAGAGGUGAUGGAUCAGCGCCUUGCGGCGAUUAGUUCAGGACAGGGUCAAUCCUUUCUAGCCAGACAGAGGCAACCUUCGACGAGACGUUACCCGCCUUAUAACUCGAAAUAAAAACACGCGCGAAAGCAAGUUAACUUAACGCUUAAGUAUUAUUACAGGACAAAGUGGUAAAUAAUCGUUUGAGAUAAUGUUAACAAAGCGAUGAAUGCGAUGCUACUGGCAAUGAAAUAUUUAGCAUUAUCAAAUUGUAACGUAAUAUCAAGACGUCAUAUUUAUCUCCUUGUUAUGAUUGUCUCAAAUGACUAUAUUUCUUUCGAUGUAGAUACAAUUGAAUAAUUCAAUAGUAAAAAAUAAAACAUCUUUAUUUUUUA